AAUGCAUCUACACUAAAUACUUAUGCCUGGAUGGGAGGCCGAUACACUUGGAAAUUUAUGACCCUUGUUCACAGCGGGGGAAGCUUUCCCUCACCGAUGAGCUCCACUGGGCUGAUGGAUUUAUCAUUGUUUACGACAUCAGUGACAGAGCGUCAUUUGCAUUUGCAAAAGCAUUGCUGUACAGGAUCCGAGAGUCUCACAUAGGAGCUUGUAAAAAAAUGGUCGAGUCAUCCGUAUUUUUGGUUGGUAAUAAACAGGAUUUGUGCCACAUGAGGGAAGUUGGCUGGGAUGAAGGACAGAAGCUGGCAGUGGAUAACAAGUGUCAGUUCUGUGAACUGUCUGCAGCAGAACAUUAUCAGGAAGUUGUGGCAAUGUUCACAAAAGUCCUGAGGAAUAUCACAUCAAAUUUCAAAGUGAAGGAAAAGAGACGGCCAAGUGGAUCGAAGUCAGUGGCCAAGUUAAUCAACAACAUGUUUGGAAAGAGAAGGAAAUCUGUGUAAAAGAUGGUUAGUCUUGCAGUAGGAACAACCUCAAAUAAUAGAGCACAGGCAGCUCUUGGGAUUCAGGCAGCUUCCUCCAAAGGUCAAUGUCUGGAGGAGUGAGACAGUAGAAACCAAAGGCAGGAGAUUGUAUGGUCAAGUGGACAGGGUCUAGACCUAGAAGACCUCACCUUUUGUUUCCAGUUCCACUACAGAUUUAUUGUGUUAGGGCUAUGUCACUUAAACGCUAAGCUGCUCCUCUCACCCUUUAUCACGUAAGUUCUUCAGAGGGGAGUUCUAGUCUGUAUUUAUUCAACACCAGCAUGGUCUUGGAUAGAGCUUCUAGGUGUGACUGAAAUAUGAACAGUUAUUGCCAAUAAUCUCAGCCUUGCUG